AUGUCGGAUUGGAAAGUGGACCCAGAUACCCGUAGACGCCUUUUACAGUUGCAGAAGAUUGGUGCGAACAAGAAAUGCAUGGAUUGUGGCGCACCAAAUCCACAAUGGGCAACUCCGAAAUUUGGAGCCUUUAUUUGCCUUGAAUGUGCCGGUAUUCAUAGAGGCCUCGGUGUGCAUAUAUCAUUUGUGAGAUCUAUCACUAUGGAUCAGUUUAAGCCAGAGGAGUUGCUGCGCAUGGAGAAAGGUGGUAAUCAACCAUUGAGUGAAUGGUUCAAAUCGCAUAAUAUCGACUUGAGUUUACCACAGAAAGUGAAGUACGAUAAUCCCAUUGCAGAGGACUACAAAGAAAAAUUGACUUGUCUUUGCGAAGAUAGACCAUUCGAAGAGCAAGAACAUGUGGAUUUUGAUGGUUCAAAAUUGUCAGCCACCGCUACCGCCGCUGAUACCACUACUUCUGGUGAAGCUCAAAGUCGAGAAGAGACACCUCUGGAAAACCGUCGAUCUGCAACACCAGCAAACUCCGGUAAUGGUUCCAACCUUCAAAAGGAGAAAAAUGAGGCAUAUUUUGCUGAACUAGGUAAGAAGAAUCAAUCUAGACCAGAUCAUUUACCUCCCUCUCAAGGAGGCAAAUACCAAGGAUUUGGCAGCACACCCGCUAAUCCUACACAAGAACAACCGGCAGGGACCACUAAUACUUUGAGUCUAGAGAAUUUCCAAGCUGAUCCGUUGGGAACAUUGACUAGGGGAUGGGGCCUCUUCUCCAGUGCAGUAUCUAAAUCUUUUGAGGAUGUAAACGAGACUGUAAUCAAACCUCAUGUUCAACAAUGGCAAUCUGGAGAGUUGUCCGAAGAGACAAAGAGAGCAGCGGCUCAAUUCGGUCAAAAAUUUCAAGAAACAAGUAAUUAUGGGUUUCAAGCAUUUAGUAAUUUCACCAAAAAUUUCAAUGGUAGUGCAGAAGAAAAUUCUACUACAGGGAAUACGACCCAUGCAGGAUACCAAAAGAUUGGUAGUACUGACAAGCAAAAUGAACAGGAACAAGAUAAAUGGGACGAUUUUUAG